AUUGUCAUCUGGUUCCAUGAGUUGUCUCUGGGAUCAGUGGCUUAAAACAGCAGUGUCAAUUACAGAGAUGCCUUGAGACAGCUGAUUAGAAGUGGGAAUAGAUCUGAACACUAUUUGAGUGUCAUCUGUUGCCACCCAUUGAUGUCAAGAUGACUAAGCUGGGAUUUUUGCGGUUGUCCUAUGAAAAGCAGGACACACUUCUGAAGCUUCUCAUUCUGUCAAUGGCUGCUGUGUUAUCAUUCUCCACUCGUCUGUUUGCUGUCUUGAGAUUUGAAAGUGUCAUCCAUGAGUUUGAUCCGUACUUUAAUUAUCGGACUACCCGGUUCCUGGCUGAGGAGGGAUUUUAUAAAUUCCAUAACUGGUUUGAUGACCGGGCCUGGUACCCUUUGGGACGAAUCAUUGGAGGAACCAUUUACCCAGGCUUAAUGAUCACCUCUGCUGCAAUCUACCAUGUACUCCAUUUUUUCCACAUCACCAUCGACAUUCGGAAUGUCUGUGUGUUCCUGGCCCCUCUCUUCUCUUCCUUCACCACCAUCGUCACGUACCACCUUACCAAAGAGCUCAAGGACGCAGGGGCUGGACUUCUUGCUGCUGCCAUGAUUGCUGUAGUUCCUGGAUAUAUCUCUCGAUCUGUGGCUGGCUCCUAUGAUAAUGAAGGCAUUGCCAUCUUUUGCAUGCUGCUCACCUACUACAUGUGGAUCAAAGCAGUAAAGACUGGUUCCAUCUAUUGGGCAGCCAAAUGUGCCCUUGCUUAUUUCUACAUGGUCUCUUCAUGGGGAGGUUAUGUGUUCUUGAUCAACUUGAUCCCUCUCCAUGUGCUGGUGCUGAUGCUCACAGGACGUUUCUCCCACCGGAUCUAUGUGGCCUACUGUACUGUUUACUGUCUAGGCACCAUUCUUUCCAUGCAGAUCUCCUUUGUGGGUUUCCAGCCCGUCCUUUCAUCAGAGCACAUGGCAGCCUUUGGGGUCUUUGGUCUCUGCCAGAUCCAUGCCUUUGUGGAUUAUCUGCGCAGCAAGUUGAAUCCACAGCAAUUUGAAGUUCUUUUCCGAAGUGUCAUCUCCCUGGUAGGCUUUGUCCUUCUCACCGUGGGAGCUCUUCUCAUGCUGACAGGAAAAAUAUCUCCCUGGACGGGGCGUUUCUACUCACUGCUGGAUCCUUCUUAUGCUAAGAACAACAUCCCCAUCAUUGCUUCUGUGUCUGAGCAUCAGCCUACAACCUGGUCCUCAUACUAUUUUGACCUGCAGCUUCUCGUCUUCAUGUUUCCAGUUGGUCUCUAUUACUGCUUUAGCAACCUGUCUGAUGCCAGGAUUUUCAUCAUCAUGUAUGGUGUGACCAGCAUGUACUUCUCAGCUGUAAUGGUGCGUCUAAUGCUAGUGUUGGCACCUGUUAUGUGCAUUCUUUCUGGCAUUGGAGUUUCCCAGGUGCUGUCCACUUACAUGAAGAAUCUGGACAUAAGUCGUCCAGACAAGAAGAGCAAGAAGCAGCAGGAUUCUACCUACCCUAUUAAGAAUGAAGUGGCAAGUGGGAUGAUAUUGGUCAUGGCUUUCUUUCUCAUCACCUACACCUUUCAUUCAACCUGGGUGACCAGUGAGGCCUACUCUUCUCCCUCCAUUGUGCUCUCUGCCCGUGGUGGGGAUGGCAGUAGGAUCAUUUUUGAUGACUUUCGAGAAGCGUACUAUUGGCUUCGUCACAAUACGCCAGAGGAUGCGAAGGUCAUGUCAUGGUGGGAUUAUGGCUACCAGAUUACAGCUAUGGCGAAUCGGACGAUUUUAGUGGAUAACAACACUUGGAAUAAUACCCAUAUUUCUCGAGUAGGGCAGGCAAUGGCAUCCACAGAAGAAAAAGCCUAUGAGAUCAUGAGAGAGCUUGAUGUUAGCUAUGUGCUGGUCAUUUUUGGAGGCCUUACUGGGUAUUCCUCUGAUGACAUCAACAAGUUUCUGUGGAUGGUCCGGAUUGGAGGGAGCACAGACACAGGAAAACAUAUUAAGGAGCAUGAUUAUUAUACUCCAACUGGGGAAUUCCGUGUGGACCGUGAGGGUUCUCCAGUGCUGCUCAACUGCCUUAUGUACAAGAUGUGUUACUACCGCUUUGGACAGGUCUACACAGAAGCCAAGCGUCCACCAGGCUUUGACCGUGUCCGGAAUGCUGAGAUUGGGAAUAAAGACUUUGAGCUUGACGUCCUGGAGGAAGCAUAUACCACAGAACAUUGGCUAGUCAGGAUAUACAAGGUAAAGGACCUGGAUAAUCGAGGCUUGUCAAGGACAUAAAUGUUACAUCCAGCUCCGAUAUGCUUCGCACUGAGCGCGUCACAUUUAGGACGCUGAAGAUGUUUUUAAAUAUGCAGUUUAUAAGAACAGAGCACGAUGGGAUUAGAAUUGUCUGGAAUUUUUGCCCUGGGUAGUAUGGGCUGGGUCAAAUGCAAUGAUUUUUAUAAUUUUGAGCAGGUUACCAAAUGAAAUGUCAUGGCUUUACUUUGGUCAAUUAAAGGGGGGAAUUUUUUUAAAAAUGUGCCUUAUUCGUUUUGACUUAUGACUGAUUUGAGGAAGGCAAAAGUUUUUGCUGGGCUGAUAGGACAGAAAGCAGACCUCAUCCAUGUUCUUUGCUCCCUAAAUGAGCCACGUAGGGACAUUCUGUCUUUCUCAAAUCAGGAAAACUAUCAAGGACUAGCUCAGAUCCUACAUAUACAAAUAAUUUUGUCAAUUCAAAAAUUGCAGCACAUAGCACAAUGCCUUGCACAUAGUGGGUGCUCAAUAAACUUUUUUCAAAUGAAUAAAUAUUUGUGGGACCAGAGGAGUGGAUUUCUGGGCAGGAAAGGCAGCUUUGUUGCCAUCAUGUCUCUGUUCUGAACAUCUCGUCCUUAGAGGCUCUUUUUGCAAGGGACAGAAGGUGGCUAGCCAUACCUGAUCUCAGCAAUUUUUUGGGACUAGAUAGGUUUUUUUUUUGGAGCAGGAAUAAAUCAAGUAAGACCAAAGUCAGCAGUUUUGAAGACUCAGGGCAAACAGUAGAAUUAUUGUUAUCAAGGUAGAGGGAAAAACCCCUCCAACAUUAUGUAUAGAACUUGGUCAGUAGGUGUUUUUGAAAUCAGCUGAAAUAUAAUCAUACAUAUCUAUUUGAAAUCCAGCUUUUCAGUACUCUCACUUAUCCAUGAUACAGUAAAUGUCUCUGCUCAUUUGAUUUAGCUUUUGCACUAAAACUCUUGUGAUUAUGUAAGGGGGGCUUCUUUUUCCCUUAGUCUUAUCCUAUUUGUUGUUAUUAAAUAUCACUAACAAGCUUGAUGAUCUGGUUUUGAAGCCCUUGCCAGACAAGCUACAAAUUAGAAGGGGGAAGAAUUGCUAUUAGCAGGUACCUAGAGAGCAGUGCUAGCCUAACUGCAGGGGAAGAGAAACUUUAAAAAUAAUUUUAACUCAAAACACAGUAGUAGUCCCAUCGAUAUUUAAUGUCAGGACAAACAGCUUUAUGUUCAGUACAGUAGGACAUUAUAUGUAUUUUACAACAUAAGACACAUAUCAGUGAUAUAUAUAUAAACCCUAAGUCAUUAGAAAUAAUACAGGGUAACUGUUUAGUGUUACCUCUUUAAGAAACAGGAGCAAUUACAUGGCUUUUAGAUAAGUCAAAAUGGUGCUCCUAAAGGGUAUGCUCAGGUAUACUUGUAUACCCAGGAAACAGCCUUCCAAACCAAUUUAUAUACCAAGCGCUUCAACUGUGGGUGAGAUUUAGAUUUGAUGUAAGAUUUGAUUUACUGUAUGUAAAUACAUUACUUGAUAUAUAUACAGAAUUCCUUCCUAGUGGAAGAGCUUAUUCUGAGGGGUUUUUUUUUCUUCUUUUUUUUACCUAUAUGAGUAAUACCAGUUAGAGAUCAUUAGUGAUCUUCAUCUAUAGUAUAUAUGGGAUAACUCUUUCAUUUAUCACUAUAGUUGUUGCUCUUACGAUUUUAAUUUUGUUACCUUUCUAGGCUACAUGAAGCUAUCUUUUUAAAAAAUUUACGUUUCUUUUUUCAUUGUUAUAGUGCUCUUAGUGUAAAAAUAAUAAAAUAAUUCUAAAAAGCAACAACACUGUUUUGCACCCCCUAGAGGCAAUGAAUUUCAACUCUGCUGAUUCUCACAUUACUUACCUCCAUAUCAUUAAAUAAUUUGCUUUAUUUUGGUA